AUGCAGGUGCACUACGAGGGCACUCUGGACGACGGCACUGUCUUUGACAGCUCCCACGAGCGCGAGCCGCUGGGCUUCAUAGUGGGCAGCGGCAAAGUCAUCCGCGGCUUUGAUGACGCCGUCAUUGGCCUGUCCAAGGGCGAGCGGCGCAAGGAACGUGUGCCACCAGAGAACGCCUAUGGCGAGUGGCGUUCAGAGCUUACUACGAGCAUCCCCACUUCGCAGCUGCCGGAAGGGGCCUCCUUCAAGGCGGGUGACAACGUGCGCCUGUCUAAUGGGGCAAGCGCAGUGGUCAAGGAGAUGACCAGCGAUGCGCUCACCCUGGACUUCAACCCGCCCAUGGCCGGCAAAGCCCUCACCUUUGAAGUGGAGCUGGUCAAACUCACAAAGGCGUCUCAUCUGCACAAGGCAACUUUUGCUGCUGGCUGCUUCUGGGGCCCGGAGCUGAUGUUCCAGCGGAUCCCUGGCGUGGUGGCCACAGAGGUCGGCUACUCGCAGGGCCAAACAGAGAACCCCACCUACGAGGACGUCUGCAGCGGAGACACCGGCCACACGGAAGCUGUCCAGGUGACGUAUGACUCAGGCCUGGUGUCAUAUGAGGACCUUCUGGAGGCAUUCUGGAAGCAGAUAGACCCCACACAGGUGAACGGGCAGGGGGGAGACCGGGGGACGCAGUAUCGGACAGGAAUUUAUGCCCACAAUGAGGAGCAGCUGCAGAUUGCAGAGGCUUCCAAGAGCAAGAUUGCAGAAGAUUUAAAGGCAGCAAUUGCAACAGAAGUAGAGGAGGUGCAGAAUUACUGGGCAGCAGAAGACUAUCAUCAGGAGUACCUGGCCAAGGGGGGCAGGUUUGGGCGGCCUCAAGACCCCUCCAAGGGCUGCGAUGACCCCAUCCGCUGCUAUGGCUGA